AUGUCACAAAUAGAGAACAUGACAGGAAGAAACCAAAGUGUCGUCUCUGAGUUCCUCCUCUUGGGCUUACCCCUGGAUCCAGACCAGCAGCCUCUGUGCUAUGUCCUGUUCCUGGCCAUGUAUCUUGCCACCGUCCUGGGAAACCUGCUCAUCAUCAUGCUCAUUCGCCUAGACCCCCACCUCCACACACCCAUGUAUAUGUUCCUCAGCAAUCUGUCUUUCUCAGACCUCUGCUUUUCCUCUGUCACGAUGCCCAAAUUGCUGCACAACAUGCAGUGCCAGGUUCCAUUCAUCCCCUAUGCUGACUGCCUGACCCAGAUGUACUUUUUCUUAUUUUUUGGCGACCUGGAGAGCUUUCUCCUUGUGGCCAUGGCCUAUGACCGCUAUGUGGCCAUCUGCUUCCCUCUGCACUACACCACCAUCAUGAGCCCAAAGUUCUGCCUCUCCCUGGUGGUGCUGUCCUGGGUGCUGACCACAUUCCAUGCCAUGCUGCACACCUUGCUCAUGGCCCAAUUGUGGUUUUGUGAGGACAAUGUCAUUCCCCACUUUUUCUGUGAUAUGUCUGCUCUCCUGAAGCUGGCCUGCUCUGACACUCAAGUUAAUGAGCUGGUGAUUUUGAUCAUGGGAGGGCUCAUUCUUGUCAUCCCAUUCCUCCUCAUCCUCAUGUCCUAUGCACGAAUUGUAUCCUCCAUUAUCAAGGUUCCUUCUGCUCGGGGCAUUCGCAAGGCCUUCUCCACCUGUGGCUCCCACCUCUGUGUAGUGUCACUGUUCUAUGGGACACUUAUUGGUCUCUAUUUGUGCCCUUCAAGCAAUAAUUCAGCUGUGAAGGAGACUGUCAUGGCCAUGAUGUACACUGUGGUGACCCCCAUGCUGAAUCCCUUCAUCUACAGCCUGAGGAACAGAGACAUGAAAGGAGCACUGGGAAGAGUCUUCCGCAAAAAUGUAUCUUCAUUUCAUCUGUAA